AUGUCAAAUACCGGGUACUCCUCCCCAUUUCCCACAUCGCACGACAUAAUGGGCGCAUCCACCCUGAUCACACCCUUCAACAUGCCCUCCUCGCCGCCAACGCCCGUUCGCGAAGCGCCCGAAUCCCAAUCGCAUUCCCCACUGGGCUCGCCUGUCCCGCAAAGCCCGACUCUCGAUCGCUUGGCAAAACAUGACGCGGAAGACUCGGAUGAUGACGAUGAGGAGGACAGAGAUGUUGCGCGGCAACGCGAGAUUGAUUCGCCGGUGUUGUCGAGGGCGUCGUCGCCGGAUCGUGCUGCGAUGGCUGAUUUGGAUGCGCGCCUUGCGGAGUAUUCGAUUGAUUUUAGGAGGCUGGGAGGUGAUAAGGAUGAUGAUAUGUUGCCAGGUAUGAAGCGGUUUAUAGAGGAGGAUAAGGUGUCGGAAGUUGGUGGGCCGGAAGAUUUUACGGCGAAUUUGGAGAAGUAUUUGAUGGGGGAUGACGAGGACGAGGAGAGGCUCGAGAGGGGACCGGAGGAGCAGCGCGUACAAGAGCAAGAAGAUGACCAGGGAGAAAAUGAAGAAAAGGGGCACGCGCGGGAACAAGAGCAGAACUCCAAACUGCAAUCUGCAGAAAAUGAGGCAGAACUAGGUGAAUACAGCGAAUUCGGUCCCCCGGUUGACAUGUCUACUCCCUCCCACCUCCUUCACAGAACACAGAGUGGAAUCGCUAAAGAUGUCACGCAAAUGGAAGGUAUCGAAGAAGACGAUGAAAUGAAACCAGCAAUCACCCCGUCCAUCCGGAAACAACGACAACGCAGUCUUUCCAGCAGAUUCGAAGAGGAGAAGACUAAAGAUUUGCACCAGCAAAUUGCACAUCUACGACAAGCAUUGCAGGAUAGAGAUGAACAACUAGAGAAGAACCACAACCGAGUUCGUGAAGCCGCUUCCGCUGGCGAGCAGAUUCGGCACCUCCAGGCAGAACUGCAGCGCAAGACGACCUUACUCGAUGAACUCCAAGAACAGCGCAAUGAGGAGGAACUACUGCGUGAACAGGUGCGGUUGCUGCAGAAGCAAAACCAGGACAGGGAGAUGUCUUUCCGAAAUUCCAUGAAUUCGACCGACAUUAGUGCUCUCCGGAGGCAAAUGGAGAAUAUGCAAAAAGAACUGCAGAAUCAGAAUACGUCUGGCUUGGAUGCUGAAAGGAUGGGGACUAUCGCCCACCUCCGCCAACAGCUGAGCUUGUCCCAGGAUCAGUUAAAGAAGCGCGAUGCAACUCUCGACGAAACAAUGGCAAAACUCCGGGAGGUGACCACAGGCAAAGAACAGCAGCUUCGAGAGAAGAACACAGAAAUCGACAGCCUCAGGGCACAGAUCGAUGAUCAGGCACUAGAAAUCGAGAAGCUGGAAACAGACGUCGACCGUGCAAACACUGACUACCAGACUCUCGAGAGCCGAAUCGCCUCCCUCGAGACUCAGAAUGCUCCAUUGGAGGAGAGGAACAGUACCCUCGAAGCUGACUUGACCCGCGCGCAGUCCCAGGUGACAGCUCAAGAGAAUGCUCUGAAAGUGAUGGCCGCGGACCUCCCCACCGGAACAGGAGGACAGAAAACAUUUACCGAGAUCCUAGACCUAAUCAGGGAUCUCGAUCCGCAGGAGGAGGAACCAGCACCUUUCAUCCCGGGGGCUAGAAGUUCUACCAGGGAUUAUGAACUGGAGUAUCUUCGCCAGGAAAUCGCAAGGCUUCAGAACGAACUAAACAAGAAAUCCGAAUCCGAGAAAACCCUGCAAGCCGAAUUAGCGCAGUCCCGCGACCAAGCCACCGAAACCCAAUCCCUCUUCAAAUCAAUCGAGGCCGAAAACACCCGUCUCACUAAACGCGCCGACGACCUCAAGUCCAACUUUGACCGAGUCCAGCGCGAAUUACAACAGUUGAGAACCGACCACUCCUCCGCCCUCCAAACAAUCGACCGCCUCCAACAAGGCGACACCACCUUCCAACAACCAAGCCCACCCCCCUCACCCCCAGGUCCGCACUCCCAAAACGCCAACCCCAACCCCAACACCCAGACCACCCAAACAAUCGUCGCCCUCCAAGCCUCCCACAGAACCCAACUAAAAACCCUCCAAAACCUCCUCUUCGCCGCCGAACAGCGCGAAUCCUGCCUCCGCUCCGACCUCCAAUCCCUCCGCGCCAGCACCACCUUCACCUCCACCGCAGAUCCGCGCCUCGACACCCUAACAUCCGAAGUCGAGCGCCUACAAUCCAUAAUCGCAGCGAAGGACGAAACAGCCGUAGCAAUGGACGCGAAGAUCGCACGGUCUGUGGAGAAGCGGGAGAAGGAGUGGGAGAGGAGGGUUGAGUUGUUGCUUCGAGAGAGAGAGAGGAUGGGGAAGGCGCUUCUGUGGACGUGGGGGGAGAAGGAGGUUGGAGAUGGUGUAAAGGAGAAUGUGUAUGCAGAGGAUGGGAGGAAGGUGAGGCAGGGGUAUCGGUAUAAGUAUGCCAACCCUAGUGGGAAUGGGAGUAAGAGUGGGAGUGCGAAUGCGCGGAGGGGGUGA